ACAGGAAGUGGAAGAAGAAUGGAGGUUGCCGGAAGUAGCUUUGUUGCGUCUUUAUAUUUACUUCAUUUCGACCAACACUGCUGACAUUAACUGCUCGCCUUUAAGGUUAAGUUAGACUAAAUAAGCACUCAUCAUCUCUUUACACUUGAUACUUUUGUAGCCUUCAAAUUAAGAGCGGAAGUCAGCUGAGUCAUGGCGCGCAGUCUGCACGUCAGCUGCCUUUCCUUCCGCCAGCCUUUCGCGGGUUUCCUUCUGGACGGAAAAAAGACGCUGGAAAGCCGCUGGAGGCCGCUGCUUGCCCCGCUGGAGGGCGCCACCAUGGCGGUCCACGUCGCCUGGCGGGACUGGGACGGCGAGGAGUGGCGGGAGGUUCUGGGCGGUCCGAUGGGGAUGGACCAAGACCACAUCCACACGCUGCUGGAGUCCGGAGAGAGGUUCGGCCGUGGCGUGGUGGCAGGAUUGCUGGAUGUGGGCAGGACCUGGCAGUGCCCCGCCUCCCUGCAGGGGGAGGAGCUACAACAGCUGGAGCAAGCAGCCAUUCUGAUUGGCCUGCAGGGGAAACACCUGACUCACCUGACCAACCCCCGAUGGUUGAAGGCGCCACUGACUUCCCGAGGUGGUCGCGACCUCUGGACGGUGGAGAUCCCGGCGCACUUGUUGCCAUGACAACGUGGCAACUGUUAUUAGCCUCAGCUAAUUAGUAUAGCGUUUUGUUGCCAUGACGACGUGGCAACAGUUAGCCUCAGCUAAUUAGCAUAGUCUUUUGUUGCCUUGACGACGUGGCAACUGCUAUUAGCCUCAGCUAAUUAGAAUAGCCUUUUGUUGCCAUGACGACGUGGCAACAGUUAGCCUCAGCUAAUUAGCAUAGUCUUUUGUUGCCUUGACGACGUGGCAACUGCUAUUAGCCUCAGCUAAUUCGAAUAGCCUUUUGUUGCCUUGACGACGUGGCAACUGUUAACCUUAGCUAAUCUCACAGAGUCAGCUAAUUAGCAUGACCUUUGUUGCCAUGACGACUGUUAUUGGAGACAACUAAUUAGCAUAGCCUGCUAGCAUGUUUAUUCCAUGAAAAGAAGACUUUGUGCUGGUGACAAACUUUAUUAACCCACAACAACACCGUGGUGACGUAACAUAAACUUCCCUUUAACAGGGACUGGCCACGCCCCUCUUUCUGAUUGGCUGGCUCAAACUCAAGGACAAUCUCCAUUAAAUAAACUUGCAAACAAA